UACCGUAUACUUUUCUCGCUGUCGCAGCCGAGUUUUGUUCAGUUGAAAACUCAUUCAGGUAGGGUUAGUGUUGUGUAUCUGCACACAUUUUAGUUAUUUCUAGUCGUUUAAAUUUUCUUCCUAUGGAUAAAGGACUGUUUUCGACAUUUCGUGUGUGUUUUUGAAUAAAAACUUUUGUGUUUUGUGACUGAUGGGGAUACAAGAAAACAAAGCUUGCAACUGCAAAAGUGUUGAAACUAAGGGAGAAAAUAAAUUUUCACCGCUGAAAGGAAAAAUGAAGGUCUUAAAGAAAAUUAAAAGGCGCAUGGGAUUAGCCUCCCGUUCAUCAUCAAACGGUGGUACAAACAAUCUACCCCCUUUAUUAUUCCACAACGUCCACGGUGAAAAUAUUAGAAUUUCAAGGGAUGGUACUAUUGCAAGGCGCGUCGAAAGCUUUUGCAAAGGGAUAGCUUUCAGCUCGAGACCCGUUAAAGUUAAUGAAAAAGUUUGCAUCAAGUUCUUGGAGAUUUCCAAUAAUUGGUCGGGGGUGAUAAGAUUUGGUUUCACUUACAACGAUCCAACUAGCCUUCGAUAUGGUCUGCCGAAAUAUGCCUGCCCGGAUCUUACCAAUAAACCAGGAUAUUGGGCUAAAGCUCUUCCCGAACGUUUCUGUAGCCAAGGCACCAUACUUUUUUACUACGUAACUUCCACUGGUGACGUCCAUUUUGGUAUAAAUGGUGAAGAAAAGGGGAUUUUCUUCAGUAGUGUCGAAACCAGAGGUCCCUUAUGGUGUUUAAUCGACGUAUACGGAAAUUCUACGGCAAUAGAAUUUGUUGAUGUUAGACAUCAAUUGAACAACUCAUCCAGAUAUAAUGCAACACCGAACUGCGAUAAUAGACAAGACGUCGCCGAUAGAAUAACGUAUCCAAUGCAGCAGAUGUCAAUUCAAUCUAACGAAGAAAUGACUUUACCAUUACUCCGAUACCAACCCACGCAUUUCAACUACCAAGCGAUGCCCUUACAUAGAACUAGAGGUAGAAACGUUAAAUUCAUGACAAAUAACCGAAGCGUUGCUUUCAGAUCGGACACGGAAUUCUGCCAAGGUUAUGUAUUCACUUACAGACCUUUACAGAUUGGAGAAAGAAUAGUAGUACAAAUUUUAGGAACCGAACCGAUGUUCCAAGGUUGUUUGAGUAUAGGAUUGACUUCCUGUGAUCCAGCUCUACUUACCCAAACAGACCUUCCCGACGAUUCCAAUUUUUUAUUGGAUAGACCAGAAUAUUGGGUAUUGAGUAGAGAUUUCGCCAGAAAUUUAAACAAAGGAGACGAAAUUAGCUUUUCCGUAUCACUUAACGGAGAAGUACAAAUUUGUAAAAACCACGGAGCUCCUCUAGUUAUAAUGCACGUUGAUCAAUCUCUGAGGUUAUGGGCGUUCUUCGACAUAUACGGAUCCACCCAACGGAUCAGAGUUUUAAGUAGCACCACUCCGAUUUCGCCGACCAGAAAUCCAGAAAGAAGAAUCAUAACACCCACCAGCGAAUCCAUGAACAGUAUUAAUAGUCAAUCGGAAAUUCGUAGAAACACCGCUAUGCAAAAUUCAAAUUCGAGAUUAUGUUGUGUAGCACCCGCCGAUAUCCAAGUUCAACCUAGCGCUAAUGGUGGUACUGUUUUGUCGGUUAUUCUACCUCCCGCGCACGCGAGUAUCAUCAGUACGGCUGCUCCGAUUCCAACGUCUCAUCACCAACACCAUUCUUCUCAAAAUUCAGUCAAUAAUCAUCCUAGUCAACAUAAUUCAUAUCCUGGGCAUUCGACUCAACCUGCAGUGUCUCCAAGUACGGUAAUGGCACCUAUUCCUACUUCAUCCAAUUUACCUACUGGAACUAUGAUGUCCACAUGUAGCAGUAAUUACGUAGAACCCAUCUCGGAUUCUAGUACAUAUUCGACUCCGUUGUCUUGGGUUGAACAAAAUGGUACCACGAUUGGUGCAGGAGUAGAAUGUACAAUUUGUUAUGAACACCCUAUAGACGCAGUGCUUUACAUGUGCGGGCACAUGUGCAUGUGUUAUGAAUGCGCUCUGCAACAGUGGCGUGGAAAAGGAGGUGGGCAUUGCCCCCUUUGUAGGGCGGUUAUUAGAGAUGUGAUUCGAACAUAUAAAUCGUAGGACAUAUUUUUAUAAGAUCAGAUUUUACUAAACAAAAAUGAUCGGUUGAAUGUUCUGUUUGUUUUUUAGUAUCAUUUUUUAUGUUUAAUUUCAAAUUCCUUUGAUCUUCUUCAUCAGAGUUGAUUUAUUUCUUAUUAAUUUAGUGAAAUCUGAUCAGUUGACCAAGGGUUAAAUUGUUACCUGUAGUUUGGACAUUGUUGAACAAUUUUUUUAGACGACUAUGUGUCUGAAGUGACUAGUGCUUCCAAAAAAAAACAUAUUAGAGAACUUUACUGCCUAAAGCUCGUGUUGUAAAAAAGACUGAAUUUGUUGAAAAAUAUUUUUGUGUCCCAAACUAUAUUUUUUAUCUGUACUACUACAAAGUUGCUUGGAUAUUAGAAAACUUCAAAUUCCAUCAGAUAAAAACAUAUAUUUAUUUAAAUAAUAUACAGUGAGUUUGCUAAACAUACAAAUUUAAAUAUAUCGUACCUGAUAAGUCUGCUGAAAGCGGAUAGAACAUGUAAAUACUGAAAUUCAUAUAUUUUUUUAAAAAUUCUUAUUCAUAGAAAAUUGUCAGUUCAAAAUGUUACUUUUCAUCACCAUUAUGAUAUCAAUAUCAUACCAAAUGGUUCCUCUCACCCAACUACUCAUUGUUAAGUACUGAAGACUGUCAUCAAACAAAUUCUUACCCAUAGAAAAUUAUCAAUCAAUUUGUUACCAUUCACCACAAUGAUCGAUUCUACUGUUACUAUUUAUUCAAAUUAUCCCCACAACUGAAAUCAAAGUUCCUUAAUUUGGUUAACAGGUAUAUUAUUUUGGGCCACCCAUUGUAUAUAUUUGCCAAAUGCUAACAUAGCUUCUUUGUGCUAUCCUGAUACCUAUUUGACUACCAUAGUCAUCAAGUUUCUCUUAUUAUGCCGGUUAAAAUCAUAUCAGAUGUUUCCUUACACAUCAUUGUUUUGUCUAAUCUGAUUGUUUCUAUUACUGUUGGAUAAUUCUUUAGUUUCUGAAUGCCAAAUUUUAUUCCAGAAUUUUUUUAUAAUGUGGAUACUCACAUUUUUAUCUAAAUAAAAUCCAACAUAUGGUCAGAAUCAAGUUAAACAAAACAAAAUUUUUAUCUGUAUUACAUAUUGGUAUAUCGACUGUAGUAGGGUGCAAUUUGGACAUAAAAACAAUAUGUAAAUGUUGUCAAUAUCAUUGGAUAAAUUUACUGAGUGUUUUGGAAAGUAGUUAUAAUAUUAUUACUCAUAUUACAAAUAAUCUUUAUUUUGGCGUGGAAGAUUUUUCAUCAAUAUUCGAACAAGUUUGGUUCCACGUUUUUCUCAUACUAUGGGACCCAUCAACGUUCUGAUUUUUUUCUACUUAGAUAUAACCUUCAUAAACACCUCUCUAGAAUUUCAGCUCAAUGCUCCUAUUAUUUUGGCAUGUAAUUAUCUUUGGUAGCUAAUCAAAAAUUGUUAUUUAAAUUCCAUUAUUUUCAAAUAAUGAUAGAUAUUCUUAUUCAAUAUGAUGGCUCGAAGGUUCGUGUCAUCACAUAGAGAUGGCGUAGUUGCUUUAUCCCUAUAUUGAUAUAUUUAUAACUUAGUAUCUAUAAGUAUAUUAACUACUUUUAUUUUCCAUAUUACAAAUGGCACAAACUAACUUUGGAACCAUUCAGUAAAUAUUCCUUUUGUGAUACAUAGUAGCUUCUAUCCUUUAUAAAAAACUGGAAUAUUGGAUUAUUCAAAGUUUAUGGCUACAAACUUGUAACUAAGGCAGAGUUUGAGCUUAUGGCAUCUAGUGGUAAGCUACAUUAUUAUUAAAUAGGUUGCAUUGUAGUGGAAUGGUGGCGACAUAUGUUAAAAUGAAAUGUAGUAAAGAUCAAUCCGAUAUAUAUAGCAUGAAUAAUUUAUUUUGUUAUUUAUAUGAAAAAAUUUUCUUCAAUCCAUCCAUAUUAACAAGUUCCUAAUGAUAUCGCCUAGUUCAAAUUAUCUAAUUUUUGGUAAAAUUAUUUGUCGAAAUUUGGGUUUUAUAAAUAAUAUUCAAGCAACAUUGUCAAUAUUGUGAAAGUUACUUCGUUUUUCUGUCAAAUAUAACCAAAGAUGGACUAAUCUCGAGUUUAUGAGAUUGUCUGCGUUUGCGAUGGAAAAAUUAGUCAUUCUAUCGUGCUCCACAAAAAUCAGUGGAUAGUCAAUCUGUGACCACACAGUUUAAACUUAUUUAUUUAUUAUGUUUUAUCUUUUAGUUUGAAAAAAGUAUAUUAUUUACCAAAAAAACCUCCUUUAUUCUUUAUUUCACUCAUGUGUAUAUUCUCUGUGAUAAAGAAAAAAGGAUGUUAUAUUAAAAUUAAAAAAAAAGUUGUUACUGUUCGUGUACAUCCUAAUGUUUAUGAAAAAAAAAAUUGACUACAUUCCUUUUAAACUUAAAUGGCCAGUUGUUAAAAUGAAAGUUGGCCCUUUAUCAAAAAUAUUUGGGGUUAAAAUCUAUUGUAUAUUAGAAUUUCUAGUCAUUUAAGAUUGUACUGAUUUAGUUCAACUUAGUUCAAUUAUUAUUAUAGUCCUUAAAUAAAGCGUUAUAUAUUAUAAAACUUAAAAU